UAGUGUUAUCCGCCGGUGGACACAGAAACCUGGGGGCACACAGUUUGGCCGCAGCGGGCCACCUCCAUGCAUUUCCUUCCUUUCUAUAAAACCCUGCCCCUUGCCCCUCAUCUUGCACACACAUACACCACACCAGCAACCUUUGUUGAUCAGUACACAAGCUAGCAUACACAGGCAAUGAGGCCCGCAAGAAUCGACAUGGCGAUGGAGGACGGCGGCGGGGCGUCAUCGUCGGUGCAGGAGCCGCUUUACGGCUACGGGCACGUCCAGCCGCCGCCGUUCUGGUCGACGCCAACGCCGUACCUGUUCAUCGGCUUCGCGGUGGUGAUGGCGCUCAUCGCCGUGGCGCUGGCCGUGCUCCUCUGCUCUCGCCGCAGGGAGGAGGAGGGGGAGGGGGAGGCGGGGGUCAUGUCCGUGCGCGUGCUGGCGCCGCUGGACAGGGAGGACGUGGCGAUGCCCAAGGUGGUCGUCGUGAUGGCCGGCGACCACGAGCCGUCGUUCAUCGCCAGCGCUGCGCCGCUCGCCUUCGCCGCGGCGGCCAAGGCGGCCCAGAUGCCGCAGCACGUCGGCGGCGAUAAGGACGGAGCCGCCGUGUAGGCUGCCGUGCCGGCGUGCCCCGUACAAGCUAGCGCGAGUGGCCGCACGAGCAAAAUUAAGCGCGAGAAGCAAUUUUGUUCCGACUUUUCGUUACUUUCUUGGUAUAGUUUUGUGAAUUCAAUGCUGUCCUUCUGCACGUAAUCAAGUACCUGUGCUGGUGCAGAGCUGGAAUUAAAGCUGCAAAUAUGAUAAUUUGGUCGCGUCAUUUACUGUUUGUGGUCUUUA